AUCUACAACAAUGCACAAUGCUGUAUUAGUGAGGAGCUGGGGAUCGUGGGCGUCGACUGCGAGGCUCCCAGCACGACUCCAUCUGACGCAACGGGUCUCCGGAGCAUUUGUGCCGCUGCCGGAAAAGUACCCCGAUGCUGCGCCGUUCCGAUUGCCGGUCAGGAUGUACUGUGCACGAAUGCUUGA